AUGAAGCGAACAUAUGUGAGGAGGAAAAUGGGACUGAACGGAUUAAACGACUGUCGUUUCAACCGGGGGGUUACCCCCCACAAAGGAGUACUAAAAGUUGUAAGUGGGACUACAGUACGUGCAUCUCUUAUGUCCCAUUUUAAAAGGGUAAAGGGGGAGAUAUUCAACCCUAACGAACAGAUAAACCACCUGAUAAGGGAAAAGGCGUUCCUUUUAACCCUCUGCGAGAGGGCUAAGCGUUUAGUGCUUCUCAUCGAAAGGGAACACUUUGAAGUAAUCACAAAAUGCAUCCAAACUAUGAAGCGUUUCACGCAUACGUAUGGGGAGACCUUUCUACGAGUCCUGCACUUAUUGCGACGGCAGGAUGUGGGUUCCAAGACAAGUGCUGCUGUAAUGGUUAAGGGUAGAAAAGAAAACUGCACAGAAAAGCAGCACAAACGAGGUGGGAACAGAUUAGGCAAGAAGUACCCAUCACAAAUUGGGAGUCGCUUGCCCCCCGAGAAGCUACACUCCUUUGUAUAUCUCUUCACGCGAGUGUUUACUUCGUAUGUCUAUUUGCUUUUUCACGCUCUGCGUAAAUACAAGGGGGACGUCCAGAAGAGGUAUGUUCUGCUAAAAAUUGCAAUUAUCAACAAGGGGCGCACAUCCUACAAAAGGGUAAAGCAGGAUGGAGUACCAAUCAAGACAGGGAUGAAACUGCCACCCGCAACAGACGUGGUCAUUACCAAAAAAGAUGAACGCAAGUAUUAUCAAAGCUUCUUUAUUUCGCUCAUAUGUAAACUUUCCAGCAGCGCCAACUCUGCAUUUGUUCCAGUUUGGAAGAAUGCAACCAAUAUGAAGGACGUAAAAUUUGUCCUUGUCUACCUCCUUCAAAUCCUCCUAAGAAUCAUAAACAGGAGUUAUCAAAAAAGGGGCAAUCCCCAUUUGGGAAAAAAAAAAAAUGAAGUUUGCACAAAUUGUGAGGUAAAGCUGGAGCGAGUAGCACACCUGGUUGAGGAGCAAAUUUUUUGCAUGCUUUUAAAAAAGAAAUUUUUUUCCCACUUUGAGAAACUUCUUAUACAUGGUGAAGAGACCCUGGAGGGGGGUGCCCCUAGUGGGUGUCCCCUCAAGUGGGCAGAGCAUAUUGCUCACCAAAUUUUGAACCAGCGGAGGGGCAAACGAAUUUGGCUUCGAAAAUAUUAUAAAAUGUAUUUGCACUUCCUGAGGUAUAUCGAAAGGGGUCACCUUUUCAAAGGCGAAAAAAUGGUGCCCCUCCAGAAUAGGCGUUGUUUCUCAUUUCCCAGUGGGGAGGAGUCAUUUCCAGGAAAAGCAACAUGGUUGUCCCAUUUUAAAGAAAAGUUUAGAAAAGUAAAAAACGAGUUUUACAUGCACAUGGGGAAGAAGUACUUUCUUCUCUUCACAAUCAUGUCUUGUGCAAAAGGAUCCCAAGUGGCGACCCCCUUUUUGACGAUUUUUUUAAAAAUUUUGUUUUCCCUAUCGGAGCAGAAGAAUUUCCUUCUACAGUUUUACUUUCACAGAGUGAGAAUUUUGGAAUUCAUGCUGCACUGCGUUGGGGCAAGUAGCCGUGGCGAACACUCACGUGUCGUUUCACGUAAAGCAGUUAACAUGCACAAGCAACGGGAGGAACAAUCUCUUCGUAUACGGGAUAAAAGUCGCACCAGUGGGGGAGACACAAACGAAGAAGAUAAUCACCUCUGCAUUUUCAAUCCCCCAUCAGUUAACACCAAUAGUGCGAAAAGUAAAAAAGUGGAGAAACAAAUUUUUAUUCGCCCCCUCGCAUUAAAUCGUCUUCAGAAACGCUCCCCAAGAUACUUCGUUCAGAAGAAGUCCCCUAUGUUGGAGGAGCGGACCAACGAAUUAUGCAUCUCCCAGUCUUCACAUACACAUGAUCACCAACAUCGUCGUGGAAAAUUGGCACGGAUAACGAAUGGAAAGACAUACCCGUCUGAGGAAGGAUCCAAUUCGGUAACGACAAAUGGGUCAGGUUGCCUGGGAAAAGACAAAUGGGCGAAAGUAGCACCAAUUGGUAAUGCCUUCCAAAAUAUCGAUGUCGCCACGUGGACAGUCCUCUUGAUCUUUUCCCUCUGCACGUCGUACAAUAGGAAGGACCUGAACUGCUUCUACUUUAAUGAGAAUUACUACGGCCAGCAUGAAGACGUUCUAAACAGAUUUAACAACCACAUCGGCGUCAAAUCAGGGAAGAUGUGCAGUUUUCCCAAGAUUCCCCGGAAGUACGCCCCAAUUGACGAACUUAUAAACGCGGAAGACAUACCAAUCAUGAAGGUCCUGCAGCUUCACCUGAACAAGCAGAAUGCACAAAAGCUUCUGCGCCGCGUUAAGAAAUACAUACAGGGGAAUGAACCACUGCAAAUGCUCUACAACCUUGCCGUGGUUAGCAACAUGAAGCAUUUGCAUUUUCUGAGAAAAAUAAAUGAAGACGGGAAUGGAACGGUACACUUAUGUUCCCAUUCCAUUUUCCCACAUAAACCAUUCAUUAUAAAGCUGAUAAAGAUACAAAAGCAUAUCAACGAAAAUUACGCUUUUAAAAAUGUUUUCGAUGAAAUAAAAUGCCUCCGAACUUUUCAACAUGUGCAUGGAAGCAUAUGCCAAAUGUACCAAUACGGGGUUAAAAAAAAUGGCGAUUGUAGGACCUUCACUUAUUACAUACUAAUGCAGCAUUACGAUGACAAUUUAAAAAAUUAUAUAAAUUAUUUAUACGAAGAUUACUUGCUAAAAAGAGAAAAAAUUGUGUGUGCAAAUUUGUUGCCCUUUUGGGGCCCCCAUGGAAUGGACAAAAAUGGACAUUUACUGUUCAGGAAAAAAAAAAUAUUUAAAAAAAUAACAAAUAAAAUUCCCCAAUGGAGGGUAAAAUCCACAAAAAUGAAUUUAUCAUUAUAUUAUGCCAUGUUGAGAAGGAGCAUCCAUAUGAGGGUAAACCAGUUACAAUACGUGACGUCUGUUUUGAGGUUGUUCGAACAAAUUGUACAAACCGUUAUGCGAAUUCAUAGAAGACGGAUAACCCAUUUUGACAUUAACUCAAGUAACAUUUUGGUAAAUUACGAUGGAUCUGCUUUGUCACCAUUAAAAGGGAAAACUCCUUUCGAUGGGUUUCAACGUCGUCGGAAUGGAUACCAGAAGGGAGAAAAUGCUCCCCAAGUGGGAAACAAUCUGUCUUCCUCCUUUUUUGCACCACGGACGAGUUACCUGACCCGUUUAGGCAAAAAAGUAAAAACGACAAAAAUGGAAGGAAUGGCGGAAAGUCGAAACACACAGGAAAAUUUAAACCCAAUGAAGAAUAACACAACGGGUGGAAUCAAUCUGGACAGAAUGAGCCUUGUGUCCACUUCCCAAUGUUAUGCUACACCUGUCCAAAGGAGACAUACCCACCUUAUGGGUAAAAUCCCUAACCUUCCAUCCAUCGUCAUUAACGACUUUGGAGAAAGUAAAGCCUUUUUCAGCAAUAAGGAUUUCCUAUUUUUUCGAACAAGCAGGGGAAACGAAAUGAUGUCUGCGCCGGAGCUGAUGAAAAUGGGUGCGGGGAAGGAAAAGCGGGGAAUGGAUACGGCCACUCAUAACCACAUGUUUGGCAGAAGUGCUGGUUUAGCAACAAAGUGGCUAAGCAGAGGAAUCCACAAUCGAAUUACAGCCAAUUCAGCGAACUUAAAAAUUAUUGUCCGAAUGGGAAGCAGCCAAAGCAUAAUCGGUCGGAAGAAAAAAACAAAUCAUAGCAGUGUGGGAAGAAGCGACCCCCACAGAUUGACCAUUCGGAAGGCGUCCCCAUUUCGAUAUUGCAACAAACAGAUUGACGAAAUGAAGAGACUGCUAAAGAAGAAGCUGUUGAAGAGGCGAAUUUUUCACAGGAGAAGAAGAGACAUCCAAAAAAGCGACGUGUGGUUACUUGGCUUUCUACUUUUCGAGAUGAUCACAAAUGAACCAUUAACAAAUGAGUGCAAUAUAUUUUUGUACAUAAAGAUAGAUCAGAGGAAAGACCUACUCGAUAAAAUGAUUAACGAAAAAAUUGACAAUAAUUUGAAGAAAAUUAAAAAAUUUUUCCAUCUUUUUUUCCAGUUUGACGUGAGGAAGAGGAAAUCCAUCGACGAAAUAUAUGCACACUGUGGUGAGCUCUUUCUCUAUUAUGACGCAAAGUUAAAGAGGCAUAGCGAAUUGCUAAAACGGAUAGACUGGACAGGCGUGAAUAGUGUCUUUCCAGGGGAAAAACCUCAUAAGAUCAAUGAGGAGGGUGUCUUCCCCACGGGAAGGACGAAUAUUCGACCGUUUUCCCCGCAACAGGAGGUAGUAAAAAGGAACGGGAAUUACUCACUCCACAGUUUGGAGUUGCAUACCCAUCUCGUUACAAAAUAUCAGAAAGGAGAUGAAAUUCGAGUCAGUGACAAGCAUACGUUCGUCUCAUAUAUCGUUGUGAAGAACGGACAGUACGCAGAGCUGCCUCUCAACGUACGUUACAAUUCAUGCGUUAGUCGGCUCCCCUUCGAAAGGGUGCAAUGUUUGAGGAAUGCUAAAAUGAUGCUCCACGGGCUGGCCAAACAUAACAUACUGAAGGUGGGCAAUGUUUACCUCAUUGCUCACAUGGACAGGGAAGCAAAAGAGUUUAUCUGUUUACCCAACUUAGGUGAAGGCCCAGUUAUUGUUUUCCCCCCCAAGAUGAAUCAACAGCUAAUUUCUCUUUAUAACAACAGGAAUGGACGCAUCACGCGUAUUCCCAUUUUGUAUUUAAAAAGAAAACUCUUUUAUAAGAAAAACAAACGCACAAAAAAUGAAUUUUAUAGGCAUCUUAACAAACUUACGGGGAGAGGUAGCCCCACGUGGAACCACUUUUGUAAACAUAGCAAAAUGAAGAUCUACAAAAAUCAGAUGAAAAAUUUUGCUCAUUUUUUUUUUUUUUUUUUUAUGAACAUUCAGGUAAAAAUUCACCAGCUAGCCAAUUCGACGGAUAAAAAAAAAACUUUUUUUUUUAUUUUGGGAAAUGAAAAAAGUGAGUACGAUGUUAACUCCGUCGAGAAAAUACACGCAUGGGAACCCUACAAUUUCGCAAACCUUUUUUUGUUUUUUUUUGUGUGUGUCACGUUGAAGACAGAUCCAGCGGAUUUGUUUUUCCUUUUGCAAUCGAGAGAGUCCUUUUCCUUGUCAGAAAUGGACACGGAUUUGCUGCGCCUGCUUAUGCGCACCUUUUUUUUAAGUUAA